GAGACGCGCAAUUCCCUACGCGACCAAUAGCGUUUGUUUUCAUCGGCUGUCAUGGCCUCCGCGGAAGGAGAGGUACGCUUGAAUCCGCCCCAGGAUCCCUCUCCGCCGAGGGAUUUCUUCGAAGAGACGGUCGGAGAGGUCUUGAGGUCUUCCCUGCGUUCGCUGCCUCGGUUGAUUGGGCAGUUUAACCUGGAGGAAGAUGUGGUGAAAAUUAACAUAAACUGGGAGAAAUUUCGAGGCAUGUCACUACCUCAGCCUAAAUUGCUCUUUACUGCUCUUCAGCAGCAUAUUUCCUCUUUACAGCUUUUUAUGGAAAAACUUCAGCCUUUGAUUAAAGAAGAAAAUACUACACCCAUUUAUAAUUUUAGCAAGACAGAACAUGAACAUUUUGAAAGUAGUUCAGAUGUAAUAGAUAAAGACCUGCAGAAGGAAAUGAAACAUACAGCCAGUGAGACUGCAAAUCUGAAAGAAGCUCCUUUUGGUUUUGACCCAGAAGUAGUUCAGAUAAAAGCUGGGAAAGCUGAAAUUGAAAGACGAAUAUUGGCCUUCAUUGAAAGGAAACAAGCUGAGAUCAAUGAAAACAAUGUCAGAGAAUUUUGCAAUGUUAUGGAUUGUAAUCAAGAAAACAGCUGUGCUAGAACUGAUGCAGUGUUUACACCUUAUCCUGGUUUCAAAAGUCACGUGAAGGUUUCUCGAGUUAUAAAUACUUAUGGACCUCAAACUAGAAAUCAAGAUGCUCAGGUUUCCAAUCAUAAUUCCAACACUCAUUCUCAUGAUUGUGGAAAUCAAGCAAUAGAAGAGAGGCUACAGAACAUUGAAGCACAUUUAAGGUUACAAACAGGUGGACCAGUGCCAAAAGAUAUUUAUCAGAGGAUAAAAAAGCUUGAAGAUAAAAUUCUUGAAUUGGAAGGGAUGUCUCCUGAAUAUUUUCAGUCUGUGAAUUUGUCUAUGAAAAAAAGAAAAAUUCAACAAAAUCAAAACUAUUCUCUGGCUGAACUUGAUGAGAAGAUCAAUGCACUCAAACAAACAUUGCUGAGAAAAACAAAUGAAGGGAGGCCCAAAGUGGUAAAUCAGUUUCUUUGAUUAUGGCAAUGAGACUUCAUUAUGCUUUCAUGCAUAUUUAACCUUUUUAGACUGAGUACUCUUUAUCUAGCUUUUAUGGUGGAAACUAAAUAUGCACAUGAAUUUAUCUAAUUCUUAUUGGAAACUUUGAUUAAGUAAACUAUUACUUAUCUAGACUGAAAAAUGAAGUAUGUUUUGGAAAUAGAAUUAUAAAUAUCUCUUUUCCAUUAAUGGAAUUUUUAGUAGAAAAAAAUAAAAUAUUUUGUUUUUAUGUUUUGGGUGCUAUGCUGAUGGAACAAACAAAUUUCUGUUGAAAUAUAAUUCUGGCAAGGAGUGUUACUGAAAAUGUGACUGUUUAUUUCACAAAGCUACAAAAUAAAUGAAGAAAAACAAAGACUUGUAACUAUGAAAUGUUCAUGGAACCCUUAAAGAGAUGAGGAUUCUCCUAGUGGAGAGGAAAAGACCAUCUGUGGACCUGAUUGAGGGGAAUGAGAUUGAUCCCAAAACAUCUUUGAAGGACUAAUGUUGAAGUUACCGCAUUCAAACUUCAAUGAAAACUACUUUCAUUAUGAUCUGCCAUGUAAAAUGUCUUCAACAAUUGAUUACAGAGUGGAGCAUUGACACAUCUUGCCAUCUCCAGAAUGUGCCUUUUAUUCUUCUUGCAGAUUUCAGUAAAAUAAAGCAUGCCAUAUAUCAGUGGCUUGUAACUAGUGCAUUCAGGUAUGUCACAAUUAUACAAGAUUGAAAAAAAAAAAUCCCUCCCCAUCCGAAACACCAAGUUUCUCUUUGUCAUUAGUAUUUUCCAUUUAGAGAGAAAAAGGGCAAAUAAUUAUUUGCACAAAGGGAAAUAAUUCAACUGGGAGAGUUUCUGAGGCAAGCAUGCUUGUAGUUGUGGCAUCUCUUUUGUUAUUUCCAUCUGAUCUCCAUAGGAUCGAAUGGAUAAUAAUCACGGCUAGUAUAGCAGCUCUUUAAUCAACUUACUUCCAGGCUAAGUUCAAGGUGCUGCUUUUUACGCUUAAAGCCUUAGACUUUUUGGGUGCAAUAUAUCCAAGGUGAUACCUCAUCCUCUUAUGUAUUUCUCUAAUUACUGAAUUCCCCCUCCCCCACAGCUUUUGUUGCAAGUUUGGAGGCUAAAUGCCAUUCAUAGAUAUAACAAGUGAACUGAUUAAGCUCCCUAUCAAUAAAUAAUCAGAGAUGAAUCUUUACGGGAGAUUAUGAAGACAUGUCAGGACUAUAUGCUAGAUUAGUAAAUUAAGAAAAGGAAAAUAUGACACCUGGAAUCAAACUCAACUGGAGUGUGUCGUUGCAGACGAUAACUAUUGCUGUUUCAUUCUCUUGGAAUUAUUUACUGCUUGUGGUAUUCACUGUCCAAAAGCUUGACAUCUAUCUGCAUUUUAGGACAGUCUUUAUAUGAUAACAAACAUUUCUAGCCCAAAUCAGUGGUGCUUAGAUGUUUUACCAUUGCACAUGUUAUUUUUUGACUGAAUAGCUGUGACUAUAGUAGAAAAAUAUAGCUGAUCUUAUUAAUUCUUGGUCUGGCAAACUCCAGGUUAAACAUGUUAUAAAUGUGUUACAGGCAGUCCUCGAGUUAUGAGCAUAAUUGAGCCCAAAAUUUAUGCUGCUAAGUGAAAUUUGUUAAGUGAGUUUUGCUCCAUUUUACAACUUUUCAUGCCACAGUUGUUAAAGUGAAUCAUUGUGUUUGUUGAGUUAGUCACAUGGUUGUUAAGUGAAUGUGGAUUCCAUAUUGACUGUCAGAAGGGAGCAGAAGCUGAUUACAUAACCCCAGGAAACUGCAAUCGUCAUAAAUGUGAACCAGUUGCCAAGCAUUUGAAUUUUGAUCAUGGGGAUGCUACAAUGUGAAAAACAGUGAUAAGUCACUUUUUUCAGUGCCAUUGUAACUUUGAAUGGUCACUAAAUGAACUGUUGUAAGUCAAGGACUACCUGUAUAUGGUUGUAAUUGAAGAGAAUUCCAAUUAAUUUGAAAUACAAGUAAUUGGUUUAAAUAAGCCCGGGUUUUAGGAUAACGUUAAACCUCUGCUUUUCUGAUGCAUAUUAUCAGUUACGAUCAAAAUAUCUGAAGGAGUAUUGAAUUCCACUAUUCUGGCCAGUAGACUAAAAUCGGUAAAACAGCUGCUACUUUGGAUGCCAUAACAUUUGGAGGAAUAGUCCAUUUUUAUAAGGAGCUAAUUUACACGUAGGGCUACCCCAGCCAUGGAAUGUUGUCCCCAAGGAGCUAUGAGAGUUUCCAUUGGCUUACAUUCUCUCUUGAUUAAAUAAUGCUACUGUUUCUUUGGAAGUUCUGAUACAAUUAUGAUUCUCUAAUGCAAUUCAGUUUAACCGAAAUACAUUAUAAAGCACUAAAUAAAAAUAUUGAAGAACAAAACUGAAUAGAAAAAAAGAGAAAACAAAAUGUUACACAGAUGUGUCAGGUUUUAAUGGAAUUCAGAGAAAGCACACAGUGAUAGCGAUUAAUCACAGUUGACUCAGAGCCAAUCAGCUAAUGUAUUUCAAAUUUUAAAUGAUAAUUUGGAUAAUAAAUUUCGAGGAAAGAAGAAAGUGAAACUUGUAGUCUGCAGAGGGAUGGGAGUGAAGGAUGUCUCAACUAUCAGAUCUUUUUUUUUAAAAAAAUGUCUUUUGCCUGACCUCUUAGGUCAGGGGUGUCAAACUCAUGUCGUCAUGGUGGUGUCACGUGACAUAUAGGGACUUCCCCCCUUUGCUAAACCAGGCAGGGCCGGGGCCAGCACAUGAUGCAUCUGGUCCCCGCGGCCCGCGAGUUUGACACCCUUUUUCUAGGUGGUCAUGAAUGACUAAUAUAUUCUGUGGCUCCCUUAAUAUAUAGAAAAUAUAUAGAAUUUUAUAUUUGGAUCAAAAACUCCCAUAUCAUCCAUGCUCCACUCCUGAAGAUGAUGGAUACAUAUGAAAAUUAUAUUUCUCAAAACAUAAUUGGGUUCUCAGCAGUAGAUCCACAUAUAUACAUUGCCAUUAGAGCUUUUGUCUAGUAGCAAGAUCCCACAAAGAGCCAUCUAAAAGGUUUAGUGUUACUCUUUUUAUUCUUCUGUGUAAAUUCAAGCAGUUGUAACAUAUAUUGAGCAAUAAUUUUUUCACACACAAAGGGAUUCUGCCUGGCAUGAUUUAAGAUAUAUACCUCCUCCACACUUCAUAUUAUUUCAAACCAUAGAGCUGUAGUUUUUUUUUUUUCUAUGUCGUAAUCUCACGGGCCUGUGAAUUAGAUGCUGUGAAUUAUAACUGGAGUGUAUUAGAACGUUCUUCAUUUUACACACAAUAGUAGCACCCUUUAUUUGAAUCUAUACAAGUGAUUCAAUGCUUAUAAAAUCAGUAUCCAAGGGAAGAGGAUAAUUAUUCUUGCCCUCUUCAAGUGUGUGCUUUGAUGCCUGAGAAUGGAAGGGGUGGUCCUCAUCUGUAUUAACAGAAUAGGAAGAACACUAGAAUUUCACAGCCUAAACUAUAGGACAGGACAUUUUUACAAAGGAGUAAAAUCAGCUUUCUUCCAUGUUUUGCAGUUAUCUGUGUGUACAGCUUCAAAGAGCCAUCAGUACUGGUUUGGUUGUUGUUAAUGUCUGUUUUUAUAACAUCUUUCAUUCCUAAUAGAAUAACUGUCCAUAACCCUAUAUAAAUCUGUCUGGCUUGCAUUCUUGUUCUUUGUUCUAUUUUGUAAACUGUCCACAGUACUGGUGGAUCAGGAUGGCCUAUACAUUUCAUAAACAAAUAAAUAAAUGACCACAUUGUCUCAUUUUGUAAAAGCCA